AUGGCAGUCGCCAAAUCAAUUCUUCUCACACUACUAACAAUAACAAUCAUCUUCUCUACAGCUCAGACCACCACCGCUCUUCCACCGGAAACACUUACAAACGCCGUAGAAACUUUAUCAAAUUCCGGCUAUAUCGCCAUGUCGUUAACGCUAACUGCCGUCUCCGAUGGAUUACUCUCUCACCACAACGCCGCCACUAUCUUCUCCCCGCCGGAUAUUGCCUUCGCUGACUACGGUCAACCGUCUCUCCCUCUCCUUUCAGUCCACAUCUCUCCGAUGGUCUUCUCUCUCUCUACUCUCCGUUCUCUCCCUUUCGGUACCAAAAUCCCUACCGUUGAUGAAUCAAUUUUCCUCACUGUCACAACUUCAUCACCAAACGACGUCGUUUCGAUCAAUGACGUCAGAAUUAUCGGUUCUUCUAUCUUCGACGACGGUUCGUUGAUCGUUUACGGCAUUGAGAACUUUUUAGAUCCGAAUUUCACGGUUCCGGAUAGUCCGAUUCAAAUCAGUAACCUAAAUCACUGUACGGCGUCGUUUCGAGGUAAUAAUGGUAGUAUUAGUUCGUUUCACGAUGCAGCAAAUGUGUUGAUUUCUAGAGGUUACUCUGUCUUUGCUUCGUUCCUCAAUUUACAAUUGCUAGGCUUUCAAUUUCAAAGUCAAAGUCAAAACAAGAAUCAAAGUAACUUGACUGUUUUUGCGCCUAAUGAUGAAGUGAUGGUGGAAUAUUCCGGUAGGUUUCCUGAUUAUCAAAGUCUGUUUCACCGUCACGUGUUGAAUUGUAAGGUCUCGUGGACUGAUUUGAUGAGCGUUGAUGACGGAAUUAGUUUCGAUACGUAUUUAGAUGGAUUUAAGGUGAAAGUUGAUAGAUCUGGUGGUGGUGGUUAUAAGGUGAAUGAGGUCUCGAUUACGUCUCCGGAUAUGUAUUAUAGUGACUGGAUUGUGAUUCAUGGAAUUGGUGAUGUUUUGAGCCUGCCUAAGCCGGCUGAUGAGGUUGGUGAUGGAGAGGAGGAUCAGGAUGAUGGUGAUGAUCCUGGUGAUGAAACUCUGGUGAGAAGUUCAGGUAGAAUGUUGAUUGCUGCUGCUCCGGAUCGGUGUGAGUUUUGAAUCCGAGUUGAGGCGCUCUAAACUUUGUUGCUGAUAUUUAUCAAGGUUGUUUGAUCAUGUGUAUUUGGCCAUUGGAGGUCUAGAAUGAAAGA